GGUAAAUUGCCAAAUAAAUAUAUGAAAGCUGCAAUGGGUCGUGACUUAGCACCCUCCUUAUGCUAACUGUGGCUCUUAGCUGUUGAACAGACCUGAAUUCGGCAGCGGGACAUCGGGUUCAUGUCGCCGCUGUUCCCCUCUGCAGCUCAUCCUGCGAUGUCCAGGGUGGUUGUACUUUCCAAAAAUGGAUGGAAUGCCUACUGCCGUGCUCUCGACCAGCGACCCAUCGUCACAAAGUCCCUGACUGCAGCGGCAGGAUUUGCACUUGGCGAUAUAAUUGCACAGCACAGCACAAAACAUCCUGGAGAGCGCUACAAUUACCUGAGAACUGCUCGGAUGACCGCAUUCGGUCUAUUCUUUGCAGGACCCCUGCAGGGUCAUUACUGGUAUGGCUGGCUGGAUAAGACAAUUCUACCACUCAGGCCCAAAAGCUUGGGAGCAGUUGUCAGCAAGAUCGGCAUAGACCAAACGAUAAUGGCACCGCUUGGCACAGUGGCCUUCUUUUCUACAAUGAAGACCAUGGAGCUCAAGCCCAGCGAGAGCCUCCAAGUAGUGAAGGAAAAGACAUGGCCCACUGUGGCAGCUGGCUGGCAGCUGUGGAUUCCUGCGCAUGCCAUCAACUUUGGCUUCAUUGCCCCCUCCAUGAGAGUGCUCUAUGUGAAUGUGGUUGCGGCUCUGGCUUCCGCUCUCCUGUACGUCUCAGCAGGCACUGCUGGCCUGCUGUGUGCGCUGUUGAGCAUCAUGGCUGCCACCCUCUAUGUUCUGGUGUUCGUUCUGGCAUCUGCAGGAGUCAUUGCUGGGGUGAUCACUGGACUCCUGGCGUUCAGCUUCUUCGGCCUGGCCUGCAUUGCCAGCUUUGCCGCAACGAGUGCUGGCAUCGGCUAUGGGAGCCUGGCAUCAGCGCAGGCAGUGCUGCGCUUCUUCAGCGCCCACCUGCUCCCCAAGCCGCAGGACCCCUUUGACAUGCCCGAGCUCAAUUUGCGCCCAGUGGCAACGCCGCGCGCGCCGGUGGCCCCCGACCCGGCGCCGGCCGUCAGCCCCUCUUCCACGCAAGCCUCCCUGCCGUGCCCUGUCACUCCUGGAUCUGUCAGCGUGGCCCAGGUCUACACUCCGGAUGCUCUGGACCCCAUCGUGGAGGAUGCCCAGCUGGAGGCCGCCGUGCAGGAGCAGAUCGCCAAUGCCCAGGCUGUCAUUGGAGAUGCAGAGGAGAAUGGUGAAGUGGCCGAAGCAAAGCCAGUGCUGCCCACGAUCCUGGCCUCGGACGAGCAGUCUCUGCGCAGCAUCCACGCUCCUGUCAAGGCGAACGGCACCCACAAGACCUCCAAGCACCACCAAGCGCACAGCAACGUCAAGGGGAUCUCGGCAAAGGCUGGCGGCUGAUCACACUGUACUCCUGCCGAACGGAUGCGCCCACCAAGAUGGAAACGCUCCUGCAAAAGGGGGACAAACGGCAGAAGGCAGUAAGAGUUGAAUGUCAGAUUGAAGUGGGCGGCGGCUUGAUGUCAUGAUAGUGCACUCGGGCCUUCUUGUGCACCCCUGUUCCUCCGCAGAGCUCCUGGAACGUGCUUGUAGCUACUAGGACAUUUUAUCUGCUUCUUUUGUUUAUUCCUUCGGCUUUUCUCUAUUUAAAAUGUGUUCAUAUAAGGCAUGACACCCACUUUCAAGAGGAGCUUUGCACGGGUGCGUCCUGAAAUAGGAGCAAGCACCUGAGUUUUGUCUGCGAUUACAUUAUGUUGUUCCAGGGUUCCCCGACUACUAGAGGGCCUUCCCACAGCGUAUCUCUGCGCUAUCUUCUACUGCCUUGAAAUGCUUUAAUGUUCGAUACAGAAUAGACAGAGUUACUGAAUGAUUAGGUGUCCUCAUUUGCAGACCCGGUUUUCUACUGCAGAGUAUUGCAGUUUUGGAUGUAUGUGUUUACCUCACUGUUGGCAUUUUGUACAGUGCGACAAAACAAACCUUGUCAGGGGAAUGGUAAGAACGAUAGAAGUACUAGUACUCAGGUGUGCAUUGCUGACUACAAUACCGUAGUUGCCUACUUAUAUUAGGAGACGGACAUGUGUGUAACAGCUGUCAAAUC